AACCUGAAACUGAAACCACAUCAUCCACAGGAUGAUAAGGUCACAGCACUGCCUUCUGCAACACUUGCUUUUAGAAGAGACUGGAGACCCAGCCACCAAAGACAUGCUCAGCUGUUUUUGAACUUGAAGAUGACACCAAAAUUUCACAUGCUUCUCCUGACUUAUUGGUUGUUAACCCAGCAGGUGACAGGCCUGACUGAGCCUUCCAAUCUGGACAUGGCUCCCAAUGCAUUUGAUGAUCAGUAUGAGGGCUGUGUCCAAGAAAUGGAGAAGAAAGCACCCCAAUUGUUAGAGGAAGACUUCAACAUGAAUGAGCAAUUAAGACUUGAGUGGGAAAGGGCAGAGGCAAAAUGGAAGGUGAUGAAAAAGACAAGAAGCUAUCCAGAAGGUUUCCAUGAUUUCCACGGAACGGCUUUAGUAGCCUACACUGGGGACAUUCACAAAGAUUUUAACAGAGCUGUUAGAGAAUUCAGGAAAGAUUUCCAUAACUUUCAUUACAAGGCCUUCCAUUACUACUUAACAAGAGCUCUUCAGCUUCUGAAUAACACUAGUUGUUACACAGUUUACCGAGGCACCAAGAACAAGUUUCUUUACAGAGGGAAGGGCUCUGUGCGGUUUGGGCAGUUUGUUUCCUCAUCUUUCGAUGAGAGAGUAGCUCUUUAUACCUUUAGUAGUGCUAGUGGGACACUGUUUACCAUCAAUACCUGCUUGGGUGUUAGCAUAACUGGAUUUUCCUACUACCCUAAUGAAAAGGAGGUAUUAAUUCCAGGCUAUGAAGUAUAUCACAAAGUCACUGUAACGCCAAGUGAAAAAGCAAAUUACAAUAUUUUUCUGAAUUCUACCAAAAGAGGAAAAAGCAACUUCAAUUGCUUUAUAACUCAGGUGACCAGAGACAGCCCUGCAUUCCUGCUGCUUGUGGUGCUACCUGGUCUCCUGGUCCAGCUGUUUUCUCUUGCUGAGCUGUAGUCAUCUCCUGCCUGCAGUUCAUGGUGCUGAGUGUUGAAGGGAGGCCAAAGGGCUAGAACUUGGCAGGUUCUCUAAGGCCUGUGGGAAAAUGAAGGGUGGGAUCAUUUGGGGGUGUUGUGCCUAUGGGUUUUCUCAGUUUCCAAGGAAGUGAUACCAGACUGCAAAAGUAAAAGGUUUUUAUUGUUAAGAACAAAACUGGCUGGGAUCUCACUGUAUCGGAAGAGUAAGGCACCUGCUUACAAUUGGGAAGCAUUUUUAAACGGGAAAAGGGAAAGGGAGGCUUGAGACUGCUACUCAGUUCACAAGGUUUUCAAGGUUAUAGACAUUUUAUAGGGUACAGAGUUUCAGGGUUAGGGGGUUUUCUUAUGUUUGUUGUUUAUUUCCUGAGAACAACAUGAGGCUCUGUACUCUGUAGUCAGUUAUCUACUGGCAGAAUUUCUUGUCCCUUCUUGCCAUAAGCUCUAAUUUUUAAUCUUUCUAUCACAGGGGGAGAUGGACUUUAGUAUUUACAGCUUCUUUGACAUCCAAUGAACCUACUAGGUCUGUGGGUGAUAUUUUGUGCUCUGACUUCUAAUUUACUACCCUUGGACACUCUGCUAGGAUCAAGGCUUGUUUGCAUGGUCCACAGGCACAGUUUUAAAGUAUGCAAUAUGGUGCUGAAGGCUGGAGAGAUGGGCCAGCCUUACAGAGCACUGACUGCUCUUCCAGAAGAUCUUGGUUCAAUUUCCAGCACCCAUAUUUCAGCUCACAUCUGUCUGUAACUCAAAGAUCUGACAUUCUCACACAGAUAUACAUGCAUGCAAAAUAGAAUAAAUACAUUAAUUAAAAGAAGUUCAAGUUCAUCCUUGACUACAUAGAUUUUUGAGGGUGACCCAGUCUGCAUACGAUCUUGUCAUUCAAACAAACAGAGCAAUAUGGUGCUGAAUAUUACAAUGCAGUAAGAUAAACCAUUUAUAAUCACACCUUGAUUUUCUGUGACUAUGUAUUUCUAUAGGUUGUAUUAUUGGUUUGAGAAGCUCUUCUAAGGCAUGAGGUCUGAUAGUCCCACUGAUAACAGCUGAGAAUAUUCAUGCUGUACAUUUCUCACAGAUACUCCUGUGGUUAAAGCCAUUAUGUUACCCCUGGGAAUAGUGCAUAAACGUGUAGUGAGAUAUUCACUUAGUCCCUACCUGUGGCACUGACCACGCCCAUUGGGGUGGGGAUAGGGGCGGUUGUUACCUGAGGGAGCUAGGUCUAGGGAAGGGGCCCAGAGCUCUUUCUUGCUUGCAGCACAG